AUGGAGAUGUUGAAGAAGUUAUUCGUUAAAAAAUGUGCUGGUCUACAUGAAGGGUUACCAGAAAAGGGAUCAGCUACAAAUAAUAAAGGGAAUCCUGAUUUCCUUUAUCAUCCUGAUAAAACAUCCGGUAAUUGUCAACGUAAUCAGAAAUUUCCAUCUUCUGAUUCCGAUACGAUACUAAAAACAGCUGUUGAUAUGGAUAAAAAUAUUGCAAACGAAAAAUUGAUAACAGCAGGUGAUGCAAGCAAAUCAUCAUCUGCUGUUAGUUCCUACAAACGAUCACAAUCACCGGAUACAAUGCUAGAGUGUGCAACAUCUAACAGCUUUAUCAGUCCUCGAUGCAGCCACCAGUCAAUUACAGUGAUUUCCGACUACAGUUCCGAUCUUUCAUUUUUCGGAAUGAAAAGUAUGAUGUCUGUACGCAAAUCAAAUAAUACUUUGGUAGAAUAUUGGUGGGAUUUAACACCUCAGAAUAUUCAUACGAUUGUGAUCAAUUAUCUCUAUGAUAAUGAUAAUGGGCGGUGCAAUCAAUGGUAA